UUCAACGUGCACACUGGUGACGUUUACCAUAUCAUGAUGGCGGUAGCCUGGACUAUUUUGAAUUCCGCCCCGCUUUUUCAAGUUUACCUUGAGUAUUGUCGGUAAAAUGUCAUAGGCUUUGUUGGGACUAUACAAAAGUGAACAGCUAUCAUGGAUUCCGUCGUUGGGGACGACGUGACGCUGCCCGUUGAUAUCAACGGAAGCUGCAGACUGGCUGACUCCAUAAAUGCAGGAGACUAUUCCACAGACAGCAUGACAGCUCCAUCCUUCCCUGAAAAGAUGUCACCCAUCAAAGCUCUCACCAUGAAGGACUAUGAGAAUCAAAUCACUGCUCUGAAGAAAGAGAACUUCAACCUGAAGCUGCGCAUUUAUUUCUUGGAGGAGCGUAUGCAGCAGAAAUGUGAUGACUCCACUGAGGACAUAUUCAAAACGAAUAUAGAACUGAAAGUGGAGCUGGAGUCUAUGAAGAGAGAGAUGGCAGAAAAACAAGAGCUGCUUGUGUCAGCUUCGAAAGCACUGGAGAGCCUGGCUGGUCGAGAUUCGGGAGAACCGCGUGUGAGAGAGCAAGCUCAAAGAGAGAUUGAUGCUGUUCGAGAAUCAUUCAAUAAGAAGAUAGCUGACUUAGAACAGUGUCUGAGAACAGCAGAGGAAGAAGUUGAAAAGAUGGCAAUAAUUGCAGAACAGGAGAAGCGAAAGAAUAUUGACAUGGAGAAACAGCUUCAAGCUCUAAGCACACCCAGCACCUUAGUCCCUGUUUCAGUUCCUAACCAAGCCCACGAUCUGCAGCAGGCUUUGCGGGAGAAAGACAGUAUUAUCCAGCAGCUUACAAUUACGGUAAAAAAUCAAGAGGAUUUGAUCCAACAGAAGAAAAAUGCAGACCAACAGACUGUUGGACCACCAGCUGACUGUGUUAAACAGUUAUCUGAUCUCAUAGCCACGAAGGAUCAGGAGUUGGAGGCAUUGAAGAAUGAGCUACAGGUUGUAAAAGAAAAGGUGACACCUGACACCCAGGGUGAAGUAAGCCGGCUAGAGAAGAUCAAUCAGUACUUACACGAAGAACUCUCACAGGCGAAGAGCACCAACCAGAACCUGACAAAAACACUGGAGGACAAUCAGAAUCAGAACUCGUCACUGACGGAGAAGUUGGAGGUGGCAGAGAAUGAACUGAAUACGGAGAAAAGAAAUGCUCUGAAGCGAGACAAAGCAAUUCAGGGGCUCAGUCAGGUUCUCAAAGAAAAGGAAAAGGAGAUUACAGAGCUGUGUCAUGAGAUUGAUGACCGGGAUGAUGCCUUAGCCAAGGCAAGGGAGGCAGCACAUAAAGCCCAACUGCAGAAAUACCAGGGAGCAGAGGAACAUCAAAACCUAUUAAUAGAAAAGCAGUCAGAGCUGGCCCAACUGCAGGGUGAACAUCAUGCCAAGGUGCUUGAAGCCCAAAAGCUCCAGCGAGCUCUGGAUAGAAAGGAGCAAGAGCUGGUUGACCUGCAGCAAGGAAAGGACCAACUGGAAGCUGAACUGGAGGACCUGCAGCAACAGAAAAAGAAAGGAGACAAAACAGUAAAUGAUCUAAAUAAUCAGCUGAGGAAAGUCAGCGAUGAGAUCAGGGAGAGGGAGAGUGCUCUGGAGCAGCAGUAUGAGGAGCUUCUGGAUCAAACCAAAAGAAAAUUGCAGGCCCAUGAGGUCACCAUCCAGCGACUCACAUCCACUCUGGCUGACAAAGAGCAGCAGCUACAGGAGUACAUAAAUAUGUUAGGAGACUUUGAACAAAACAAGAGCCCCGGAGGAAAUGACAAUCUGCUCUCAAAGCUGAGGCAAAGGCUUAAAGAAAAGGAAAAGGCUUUGGAGCAAGCACUUGAUGAGAAGUUUGCUGCAAUCGAGGAGAAAGAUAAUGAGAUUCACCAGCUACAGCUGUCUCUAAGAGAGAAGGAAAGGGACCUGGAAAGGCUAAAUAACCUGCUCUCUCACAACGAGGAAACAGUCAGUGCUUUUGACACUUUGAUUAAAGAGAAGGACGUGGAGCUUCAGCAUCUUGCAAACACAAUAAAAAACAUGCAAAGGGCUAAGCAAGAUGUAGAGGAUAAUCUGAACAGGUCACUGAGGGAAAAGGACUCCAUUAUCAACCAGCUACAGCUCCAUCUGGAGGGCAAGACAAAAGACAUGGAGGACUUGGCCAAAUCUGUGUUGAACCAGUCACAAAGUCAUGCACAUGACCUUGCUGAACAAAUGGGCCACAGGUUAAAGGUCACAGAGGCCAUGUUGGCUGAAGCUGUAAAAACCAGGGAGACUCUGGUUGCUGAUAAUCAAAGUGCAGUUGAAGGAUUGUUGGCUACAAUAAGCAGCAAGGACCAACUCAUUAAGGAGUCUGCUGAGCACUACAACCGAAUGUUGUUUGAGCGUACACAAGAGAUUCAGGGGCUGAAGAAGCAGCUGUCUGACAGGCAACAGGAGCUUGAAACUGCUGAGAAGCAUAGCUCCAUGAAAGCCCAGGAGGGUUGUUUAGAGACUGCUAAUCUCCGAGCCUUGCUUGCUGAAAAAGACAGCCUCAUCAAUAAACUUCUGCAGUGUGGUCAGGAGAGGGAAGAGUUCCUGGUAGAGAUAAGGCAAAAGAAAGAGUCUGAUCGUGUGCUGGAGCUCAGACAAACUAUUCAAAUCAUGCAGGAGAAGUUGAAUGAGAGUGAAGCUGAGCUGUCUGCGAGGAACAGUGAAGAUCUAGAAAAUGUCCCCAAGUCAAAGAAAACUGUUGUCGUCCUGAAGAAGGAGCUAGCACAGAAAACUGAGGCACUGAAUAAAGCCCUAAAGAGGGAAAAUGAACUGAAGAUGUCAUUGGCAGAGCUGCAGUCAUUGCUGUUUGAGCUUGAGGGUCGCAGUGAAGGUCAGGCUGCUAAUAUUGAGUCUCUUACGUCAACACUGAAAACCAAAGAUGAGAUCAUCAGUACUCUACAUCAACGCCUUGGACAAAGAGGCGAAACUCAUCCAGAUAUCUGUACGCAGGAUCAGAACAUCAGCUCUGAAAUAGAAAGGUCAUUCCCUGGACUUCCUCAAAGAGAGCGGACCAUGAUUGGUGGAGACUGCCAGCAAGAAGCUGUGCCCAACCUUGUUGCCCUGCACCAGGAGCAUGAGGCUCUGAACAAGGCUCUAAGAGCAGAACAACAACUAUAUUCCAGCCUGGUCAGGACUGUCAAAGAGAAGGACAGUGCCCAGCGUCUCCAUGCUUUGCAGCUGGAGCUGACAGCGGUGCAGCUCCUCAGGCAGCAGCUGGAGGAGGGCAUCAAAACUAAUGAGGACCUAAGGGAAGAUCUGGAGAGAGAGACACAAAGAGCCAAGCUAAGAGAAGGAACGGGUGUCAUUGAUCCAAAAGAAUUGGAAAGCAUGAGACAUCAACUGGAAGAUGCGCAGCGUUGGAAUGCCUCUCUUCAAGCUCGCUUAGGAGCAAUCCAAAACCGCGGAGGAGGAGUUGGUGGUGCCAAUGAUGUUGGUGACACAUUGAGCUUUAUUGGAGAUCAGACUUCCUACAUGAGCAUUUGUGUAGGGGAGGGGCAGGAUGACAGUUUGUAUCUUCUCUCUCCACAAGAGCUCAGGCAGAAGGUACUCGACCUGCAAGAAAUCGUGACUAACCUCGAAAACCAACUGUCAUUGUUGAUGAAGUCAGAGCUCGACACUUCUACAAAAGGAGACAAAAACAAAUCCAGUCCCAAGAAACAGCAGUUAGAAAAGGCCCAGAGAGCCACAUCACCUGUGCCACACAGUGACAGGAAGCCUCGCCAUGGUAUGGACAAGGAGAGCCAGACGGAUAUUAUAUUUGGACAGUUGGUGUCUGGAAAGCAGUCAGAUAAUGAGAGUAUGGACAGUGGACUUGGUCAUAGUAGAGAACAUGUUCUGUCUGCCAAUAACACAUUGGAUACUGUAGCAAGAGAACAGAAGAACAGAGGCAUGUCGCAAAGCAGAACAUUACUGUUUGAUUGUGAGGCUACAUCAGUUUCACACCAUAGAGAGAAGAUACUUGGUCUUGAAUCAGGAAAUGCAGCGCCACAAGGAUUCUUGAAAGAAUACAAGUCUGAAGAAAGUAAAGACAUUGAGAGCCCAGAUGGAUCAAGGAAACACAGUGAUGGACAGGUGGAGAUACCACAGAACAUGCUAACACUGCAGACGAAGAUGUCAGAUGAAAGAGGAAUGGAAAAACCGACCGAAGAUAUGUCAAGUGUGGUGAACCCUGUCAGAACACUAAGCUCUGUGAGGCGCAUGUUGAGCCCACAAACAAAAGGCCUAAACCAGAGCAAGAAUGGAAAACAGGAUGCUGCAAAACAUGGGGUUGGUGUUAAAUCUCGUCUUCCUGUUCCUGUGAGAGUAAGAGUUGAAGCUUCAAGCAGCACACAGCCCGUGAACUUUGAACCCCUGAGAACUGAUGAAGCUCAACAGCUUCAUUUAGAUGAGGCUUGGGGUUCUGACCAGCAAUUGCAGAAAGACUCUGACUUGACAAAUUUACUCGAGCAAAUUACACCAUUGGACAAUGCAUCUGAAUUGCAACACAAUGAGGUCGACUCUCCUCUUCCUAAUCAAGUGGAGCUCCUUCACCAGGAGUGCCAGGAAAAAGACAGCCUCAUCCACAAGCUUAAUGAGCAGCUCUCUGAUUUGGAAAAGCUCCACUCUCAUCUACAGGACAAGGAACAGCAAUAUGUAGAGGCUUUACAAGCUGCUGAAUCCACUAUUGCUUAUCUCACUGCCUGUAGUCUGGACAAUCAGGUGGCAUCACACAUUAGUGCAGGAGCAGGACCUGCAUCCAUUGGUUCAGGUGCCGUUCUCCACAGUAACUGCGUAGAUGUGCAGAAAGCUGAACAGGACAAGGAGCAACUCAACAACCAGCUUAUAGAACUUCUGAGUGAGGUGGAGAAAACAAUCACCUUUCCUGACAACCAAGAAAAUAACCCAGAAGUCAGUUAUCUUUGCCUCAAAAUUAGGGACAUCUUAAACCAAGCAAAUUCACUUUUAAUAACAGAAAGUACAGCAGAUGUUGAAAAUAUGGAUUGUGGUUUGGACGACUUGCAACAACGUGUAGAAUAUUUGCAAGAAGCACUUAAGAAGCAGAACAUGAUUAAUGCAGAGUUAAAGGAAAGACUGAGAGUUAAAGAUGCUACUGAACAGCAGGGCCAUAACAAUGAUAGUGUUGGUUGUGAAGUCAAUAAUUUAGAGCAGAUGGCAGAAGAACAGGAGUCAGAUAAUCACCAUGACAGCACCGGGAGUUCUUGUAAUAGCAAUAUAAAUCAGGAUAUGACAAAAGUUCUGAUGAACUGCUUUAGUGCAACAGCAUCUGCUAUUGCUUCCCUAACAGAACACUGUACAAAUUCUAAAACAUCAGCUCCUGUCAAGUCAUCUUUUGUCAAGACUGACCUGCAGAAGAGUUUAGACCAUCUCCAAGAAGCCCUGCAAGAGAAAGAAAUACUAAAAAAAUCCACCUUUUCAAUCCCAGAUCCCGGCUUCAAUUAUUUCUCUGCUUUGUAUGAAACAAAGGCAGACCAUUGCAGAGACCCCCAUCAAAAUAUAUGUAUCCUCUUUGAGGUCUUCACUGACCUUUCCCAUAGAAUAGCUGAAUUACAGACCAACCUAAGAGUUGAAAGGGGUUGCAGAGAAGAGAGUGAAACCCGCAGGACGGUGCAGGAUGGCAAAGGGUUACCACCAGAUGUACAACUUCAGCUGGAGACCCUUCACAAGGCUCUGAGGGAAAAGAAGAAAGCCUGCAAAAACCUAGAGGAGAAGCUAGCCACUGCUCUUACCUCCCCAGAAACUGCUAGUAGAGCUCCAGAGUACGAUGACAAAUGCGUGCAGGUGGAUUUUCAAGACCUGGGUUACGAAACCAGUGGCAAGAGUGAGAACGAUAGAGAAGAGAGCAGUAGCACAGAUUUGGAGGUUGGUGUGAAUCCAAGUUGCAGUGCAUCUAGCCUACCUUUGCUACUAAAGCAUGAACAGGCCACCUACUCCUCCACAGAAAACCUGGACUCCAACUCCAGCACCCCAUAUCCAAGCUCCCCAGCUUUUAGCUCAGCAAAGGUCAGUCUGAAAAGCCUGCAGAUCUAUGAUGAAUAUGGUAUUUCCAAGGACCCACUACAGCUUCAGGCUCAAGUGAGAGAGCUGAAGGUCCAGCUGGAAAACCAGACCAAACUCAUCCUCCAAAUGCAAAGUCUUCUGCGCAGAAACUCCCACUGCAGCGAUCUUGUUGCCAACUCCACUGAGCCCUCCAUCAUCAUUGGGUAUCCAGAAGGAACACAGAAGAAGGAUCGUAGUCAAAACAAAGUCAACUCUCCCGAACGGCACAGGGAGAAACAGGAGGGAGACAGCCAGGUGAUGAAGGAUAAAACCGGUCUUCUGAACAUGCAGCUGGAAGGAGAGAGGUCGUUGAACAGAAGCACAUCUGAACAGCUGUCCCACACCCGCAGUAGCUCUACAUCACCUGCUAAGCUGGACUCCCUGGUACAGUCGCAGGCCCGAGAGCUGUCACAACUGAGGCAGCAGAUCAAGGAAAGCCGUGCACUGGGAGCUUUGCAACGUCGACAGCUAGAGGAACUGAGCAAAACUUUUAAGGAGCUGCUGCAGGCUCAUAAUGUUGACUUUUACAUGGGAAAAAUGGUCAAAGAACAGCUGGAAAAGAGCUUAUGUCUAGUGGACAGGCUCGAGGGUCGUCUGGACAAAGAAGACUCUCAUCUGGACAAUGAGGACGUGACAGCUCUAGAACUAUCCCGCAGGUUAACAAAGGAAUUGCUGGAGAAGAAUAAUCUCAUCCAGAGUCUGCAGAGCCAGAGCAGGACUAAAAGUCCACGAAGCCACCACAGUUCUCACUCAGAUCUGUUGCAUUCUGACAGAACCUUUUCCUCUGGCCAAAGCCCUCGGAGUGGCACUCGGCCUCAAAGCCAGCGACACUCCUCCGAUUGGAUGGGAACUCCUGUUCCUCUUGUAGGUGGAGCUGAGGUAGAAGGCGUGUCCUUUCACAGGGGCGCUACCAGCAGUCUGCAGGGCCUCCACAGGGAGAACGAGCGACUGCAGGAGCAGCUGAAAAGCAGCGAGGAGCUUAACGCCACCUUGCGCAGUGAACUGGACCUGCAUCAGACAUUUAUGGCCCAUAACCAGAAACAGGAUGAAGGCCAAGUCAAGGAGGAGUCAGGGACUCAGACUGAAGCGCCUAAAGAAGAUGGAAAUAAUUCUUUAAAGAAGGCUGCUGAACAGAGCCACAUAAUGAACCCAGACUUGCUUGCCGAACAUCUGCAGGAGAUCCGAGCUUUAAGACAAAGACUGGAGGAAAGCAUCCGCACCAACGACCGACUCAGGGAACAGCUAGAGAAGAGAUUAGCAGAGGUGGAGAAUGAUUCAGCAGCCACCAACAUCUUCAUUCGUGGCAAUGAGGAGCCAGGUCAUCUGGCAAAUGAGGUGCAAUUCCUCUUGGGACAGAGUCAAGGCUUGAAAGAACAACUGAACAUAGUGUCUAGGGACAAGCAGAAAGAGGUGGAGAAGCUACGGGACACCCUGGCCAGACGUUCUGCCAAACUAGACCAGAGCAGAAGAGAAACUGAAGAGCUGAGGCUGGAAAACAGCCGACUUCUGGAGAGACUCGAACACAUCAGCCAAGAAAACUCUAAUUUACAGGCUUCACUAAACUACAGCAAAGAGGAGCUUCAAAGGUUACAGUCUGAGGUGAAGGUUCAGAGGCAGCAGCUCUCUGACUCCCAGCAUCUGCUCCAGUCACUGCGUGUAGAGCUGCAGGUUCAUGAAAAGAUGUGGAAGAAAACAGACCCUCAAAAACAUGAGUCCAGCGAGAUGACGCAAGAGUCGGUUCCAGUCUCUUCCUCUGGCUCAGUGGACCUGAGUGAGCUGCUGUCAGAGAUCCGACAGCUAAGACUACAGCUGGAGAGGAGCAUCCAGACCAACACAGCUCUACGACAGAAGCUGGAGGAGCAGCUGCUCAGAGGAGCCAACCGGUCUGAAACCAUCAACAUCAACUACCUGCUGUCUUCACCAGAUGAAGGUGGCAGGUCCCUGGGUCGUGAAGGUGUUCUUCAUGACGACAAACGUCACACUCGCUCAGACGUAGAUGGCAGCUCUAUCAGUGGCAGCAGCUCCAGUGACAGCACCUCUGGAGCUCCUUCUCGCCUGGUGCCAGGUCACAGGAUGUGGGCCAAUCGAAAUGGUCGUCAUAUUUUGGGCCUGAUUGAGGACUACAGCGCUCUGCGCAAGCAGAUUUCAGAGGGUCGUAAACUGUCCCGACACAUGGACACGCAGCUGCAAGAGUGUCUGCACACACUAAGGCAGCAGAGUGCAGAAAACAAGGUCAUAGAACAGCAGCAUCUGAAGAGUUUGUCCAGCAGCAUGAAUACAAUGCAGCAGGUGUUAGAUGAAGCUGGACGACUGCUCAAACUGGUGUGGAGGGUCUCACUGCCAACUGUUAGCACCACAGGGGACAGUGGAGACAACCAGCAGGAUGAGCUGUUGAAGAUUGAGAUUUCCAGACUGAAGAGCAGGCUGUCGCAGCAGGAGAGGAUGCUGAGUGGAGCCGUCAAACGCCUGCGCACAACAAACCAGCUGAAAGAAGGAAUGGAGCGAGUCAUCAUUGAUCAGUUGUCUCUGACCCAUGGAGUGUUGAAGAAAGCCAGAGGAAACUUGGAGACAAAUUAUUGUUCCCUCUUUGGUCUGAAAGGCCCGUCUGCUGGACCAGAUCAAGGAGCUGCCGGUCAGUGGCCAGUAGAGGGCGCUGGACCUGUGUACAGACAAACUUCAGACUGUCACUCUGAGUCCUCAGAAGAUCAUCACAGUGACACUUAUUUGCACUGCAGCUUGUGAAUCUGCUGAAUCAGCACUGCUCCUGCUGUCGUUUACCCUGCUGUAGAACUCACAGCGUACUUUCAUGACGUCUGUGGGUUUUUUGGUUUUGGUAUUCUACUUGCACAAAAUCGGCUUUUAUUUGAGGUACUCUAGAUGUAAAGGUUUUUUUUUUCUCCGUAAAAGUGGUCUUGUAAAUAUUUUACCACUAUUUUAUAAGAUUUUAAAAAAAAUAACACAUGAAAAUGUAUUUUUUAUUACCAAGAUGUUUUAAAGUGGCCAUCGUCAGAUAUGUACAGCAUGACCAGGGCCAGCAUGCUAUGAACUGUGCACACAUGCAGUAAAGACUGUUAAACAACGAAAA